AUGUCUCCCCCGCUCACUUCCAUCCACGAGGCGGUCCCCCUCUCCAUCCAUCCCUUUUAUGACUUUUCUUCCGCCUCUCCCUUUCAUCGCCCCCCCCCCUCCACAGACAUUCGGGCGCUGGGCUGCGUGCUGCAUGCAGCCAUGGCCGUCAGCGAGCCAUCAGCCCCGCCAUCGUCCAUCCACGAGCUCGUUUCCUUCGUGUUGUCGGGCUGCCACGACGCCAUGCCCCGAUGCGCUGCACACUCUUCUCCCCAUCGCUUGCCUAUCCCACUCUACUACCACUCCCCUGCUCGCUUGCCUAUUCCACUCCCCCACUCUCCCCCACUCCCCCACUCUUCCCCACUCCCCCAAUCUCCCCCACUCUACCACUCUCCCCCACUCCCCCACUCUUCCCCCCCCUCCCACUCCCGCCCACUUCCCCCCUUCCCCCUCGCCCUCUUCCACCAUCUGGCAGUUACUCGCUUGACCUCUGCCUCUGCCUUGCCGCAUUCCUUCCCCCAUUCUUCUCCCUCCCCCACACUCUCCCCCAACGCGUAUCUACUGUUCCCCAUGCAGACCCCCUCUGAGCGACCCACAGCACCCGACAUCCUCGCCUCGCCUCUCCUCCACCAACGCGCUUCUGCCUUCCUGCACGCCUGCCUGCAUGCCGUUGAACAUGCUGCUCUUGAGAGUGCCAUCGUGAACGACCUUGGGAAUGCUGCCGUUGGGAAUGUCGCCACUGCUGGUGCUGCUGCUGUGGCAAGGGCAGUGGCGAUGCAGCGGGCAGUGAAGGAGCAGAUGGGGCGACUGGGGAUUUUGAUAGGCCCAUGUGGGAGCAUCAACGCACGUGUGACGUGCAGUGGCAGCAGCAGCAGCAACAACCGCAGCAGCAGCAGCAUCACAACCAGUGGGGAAACUUCUGGUUCGCAAACAGGUGGGCGGACAUGGGGGAUGGAUGGUGCAGGGGAUGCUGGUUCUGAGGGAGGCGCAUCCCGUGCAGGUAUACCUGGGUCGGGGGGAUCUGCUACACAAGCAUAUGACGUGCCUUCGUUUGGUAUAGCUGGUGGGGAGGAGGAAGAGGAAGGGGGUGGGGAGGCAGAAGGAGGAGAAGGUGGAGAGGUGGGAGAAAGGGUUGGGGAGGAGGAGAGAGAAUGGGGCGGGGAGGAAGAAGGAGAAAGGGUUGGGGAGGAGGAGAAAGAAGGGGUUGGGGAGGGGAGUGUAAAGAGUGAAGAGGAGAAAGAACGAAGGUGUGCGGAGGUGGAAGAGGAGGAGGUGAUUCAGGAAGACAAGGGAGAGGAGAGAUGUGAGGAAGCUUCAAGGAUGGGCCGUUGGGUUGAGAAGAAGGAGGAGGAUGCGGAAGAGGAGCAAUGGGGAGCGGAGGAAGGGAAGGAGGAGGAGCAGCAACGCGAGGGGGAAGAGCAGGACGAGUGGGGGUUGGAAAACGAAGAGGAAGAGAGGGGGGGAGGGGAUGAUGAGGAGGAAUGGGAAGAGGCGGAGUGGAGACGAAUGGAGGAGGAGGAUGAGGCUCGGCGGGAGUGGGAGCGAGAACAGGAGUUGAGGGAGGAGUUUGUGCGCGAGAAAGAGGCAGAGGAGAAUGGGUGGGGGGAGGGAGCGGAUGGGUGGAGAGAAGUAGAGAAGGAGGAGGUGGAACGAGAUGAUGAAUGGGAGGAGGGAGAGACUGGGUGGAGAGAUGGAGAGGAUGGGUGGGAAGAGGAAGAAGAGCGAGAAGAGCAUGGGACAGGUGGUGCAUGGGAGGAGGGAAAGGAUGGGUGGAGAGGAGGAGUCAGCGAGGAGGUGGAACGAGGUGAUGAAUGGGAGGAGGGAGAGACUAGGUGGAGAGAUGGAGAGGAUGGGUGGGAAGGGGAAGAAGAGCGACAUGAGCACGAGACAGGUGACGGGUGGGAGGAGAAUGGGUGGGAAGAAGGAGAGGACGAGGAGGAGGAACGAGAUGAUGGAUGGGAGGAAGGAGAGGUUAGAUGGGAAGAGGGAGAGUAUGGGUGGAAAGGGGGAGGAGAGUGGGAGCUGCACAAGGUCAAGGCACGGCUGGAACGGUUUGGCGUGCCUCUCAGCGACCAGCCUGUGGCGGCUGGUGCUGGCAUGCAGGCGAAUCUGGCGAGGAUUCAGGAGCUGCUGCAGGUAGGGGCGGCGAAGGGGGUGGCGCAGCUGACACAGAGACAGGAGCUGCUGCAGGUGGCAGGGGAUAAGAAUGUGUUGAAUCUGGUGCGGAGUGGGGAGGUGGGGAAGGCGCGGGAUAGGCACUCGGAGACAAGUUGUGCUACAGCUGGUGAGGCUGUGGCAGGUCAUGCUACAGCUGGUGAGGCCGUGGCAGGGGGUGACGUCAUGUCUGAGAGGGUUCGGAAGCUUCUGCGGAAGCUGCGGGAACUAAAGGAGAUGGCUGGCGUGCCAACGAAGCAGGCAACCCAGUCAACGCUGGAGUUGCAGAAGCUGCGGGCAUUGGGGACACCGAAAGCACUGCGAGCAUUGCUCCAGCUGCAUAAGCUGAAGGAGGGAGAGAAAGAGCACAAGAAGGCUGCCAGGCAUUCCCCCGGGCUCACCGGCUCACACAAGGCUGCUUGCCAUGCAGUUUGUUCACGAGCCAAAGGGCCCACGGCUGCUCGUCCUGUGCUUAGGCAAGUGCAGGGCAGGCAUGGUGAUGGCCAUGGAAAUGGCUGUGGGGGUGGCUGUGGCGUAGGGUGUGAAGAUUCCUACGGAGAUGCCUCUGGGGCGGGCUGGAGUGGUGGCUGCGGAGUGGGGUGUGAAGGUGCUGGUUUGGCCCAGACGUGGGGCUGGAGUGAUGGCUUGAAUCGCAUGGGGAGUUGGAACGGAGGGGCGGGGGAAGACACGGGACUGACUGAAGAGGAGGGAUUUUCAGAAGGGGAGAGUUUUGCAGAAGGACAGGGGUAUGGUGAAGGAGAGGGUUAUGCAGAAGGAGAGGGGUGUGAAGGAGAGGGUUAUGCAGAAGGAGAGGGGUGUGAAGGACAGGGGUGUGAAGGAGAGGGUUAUGCAGAAGGAGAGGGGUGUGAAGGAGAGGGUUAUGCAGAAGGAGAGGGGUGUGAAGGAGAGGGUUAUGCAGAAGGAGAGGGGUGUGAAGGAGAGGGGUGUGAAGGAGAGGGGUGUGAAGGAGAGGGUUAUGCAGAAGGAGAGGGGUGUGAAGGAGAGGGGUGUGAAGGAGAGGGUUAUGCAGAAGGAGAGGGGUGUGAAGGAGAGGGGUGUGAAGGAGAGGGGUGUAAAGGAGAGGAUUUUGCAGAAGGAGAGAUUUUUGUAGAAGAGAAUGAUGAGGGGAUUUCAGAAGGAGAGGGAUGCAUGGAGGGGGAUGGGUGUUCAGACGGGGAGACGCAUUGGGUAGGAGUUUGGCUCCGGACCGAAAGAGGCUGGGUCGAAAGAAAAAUGCUGUCCAAGGAAGAGGAGUCUACAGACGAGGAGGUGACUUUUCAGUCGACUCAAAAGUCACCUCGUACAAUGUUGUCUGAGGAGGAGGAGGAGGAGUAUACAGACGAGGAGGGGUUUAGUGAUGGAGAUAGUUUUAGGAAAGAGGAAGAACUUUCGGAAGGAGGGGGAAAUGCUGAGGACAAGAGGUAUUCGGAAGGAGAGGGGUAUUUGGAAGGAGAGGGGUAUUCAGAAGGAGAGGGGUAUUCGGAAGGAGAGGGGUAUUUGGAAGGAGAUGGGUAUUCAGAAGGAGAGGGGUAUUCAGACGGAGAGGGGUAUUCAGACGGAGAGGGGUAUUCAGAAAGAGAGGGUUAUUUGGAAGGAGAAUGGCUUGAAAUCGAACGAGGUUUUGAGGGGCUUACAGAAUGCGAAGAAAAUACAGAUAAAGAGGGGUAUUUGGAAAGUGAGUGCCCUGGGAGUGAAGAAUGGUGCCCUGAAAACGAAGGGUGGAUGGUAGAGGAGUGGAGAGAAGGAGAUGGAAGGGCACAAGGGGGCGAAGGAGAGGUGUGGAGCAAAGGGAAGGGUUUGACGGAAGGAGAGAAGUGUGAGAAAUGGGAGGCGGGUGCAGAAUCAGAGCAGUUCAUUCAUGGUGCCGUAUUGUGCGAAAGGGGCGAGGUGGGAAGCGGGGCGCAUGAGGCAAGAGGAGCGGCGUUGGGCGGCAUGCUGGAGCGGGUGGGCGUCCUCCUGAGGAGAGCCUGUGAGGGUGCCUGGCCACUGCGUGGUGGGCACACGGACUCACGGCAUGCGCCACUCACACCCCUGCCACCCCUCAGCCGAAGCAGCCAAAGCGGAGAAACUGCAGGGGCGCUGACGUGGCAUGUACACGUGGUGUUGAAGCUGUCAGUCAAUAUGGACACGUGGCAUGUGCCUUGGCCUCUGGUAGAAGCAGGGACAGCUGGCAAUGCAGCUGCUAUGGGAGCAACACUAGUCGAGCCCACAAAAACGGAUGCAUCACCAGCAGAUGCUAUGUCAGGAGCGGAUGCCAUGUCAGCAACGGCUGCCACGUCAGCAGCAGAUGCCCGUUUCAAGCAAAUGGCAGGGUGGAUGGUGGUAGACCAGCCCGUCACUCCAACCGUGACUGCAACAGCUCGUGUGACUGUGGAGGGGGCUGCAGCUGUGGUGGCAUCUAUAAUCCCCUCAAGUGUGAAUGUAACGAAUGUUACACCUGUGACAAUAACGCGUACAGGAGUGGCUGCUGCAGGCCACACGACCACUGCCCAGGUGGGGGUAGAACGGCACAUGCAGGACUCGGUGCAGGGUGAAAGGCGCAAUGUGAAUGACCUGCUUGCUGCUCCCUUGCCUGCAGAGCUUGUGGAGGGAGUAGAGAACGGCAGGAGGAGGUGGAGCACUGGUGGGCAGACUCGCUAUAGAAAAGUACAGCAGCGGGCGCUAUUGGGUGGGAUGGACUAUGAUAGAGAAACUGGGGAACUCAACAGUGAGGAUGAGGAGUCGGACUACGAGGUGGUGCGCCAGGUGGCGAUGUACGAGUGGCUGCGUGCGUCUUCAAAGCAAGCAGCACGCGUCCCCACUCCUCUAACCAACCCCUUCCCCCACCAGUACCGCAACAGCAGCUGCUGCAUGUCUGACAGCCAGGCUGGCACGUGGGUGAAACAAGGCAGCAGUCAUGCUGGUGUGGGGGCUAGAGCGGCGGAGGAUGACGAGGAGUCGGAAUCGGAGGACGAGGAGAGCAGCGACGAGGAGGAGUCGGAUGAGGAGGAGGAGGACGAGGAGGAGGAGGAGGAAGAGGAGGAGGGCGAUGCGAAGGCGAAGGAGGCGGCGGGAAAGAAGGAGGCGGAGGAGAAGGCGAAGAAGGAGAAGGAGAAGAAAGCGGCGGCUGCGGCGGUUAAAGCGGAGGAGUUCGACCCUCACGGCAUGCGGGCGGGCACGCGCGUGGCGGUGGACAAGCUGAGCACGACGAAGCGGUAUCGCGUGGCGGAAGUUGACUUGGUUGACCAGCGCAGCGACCGCGUGAUUCCCAAGGCGGACGGAUUCUACGAGAUGGUGUCGGUGGGCAAGGGCACCGUGUGCACGCGUGCGCAGCUCGAAGCCGAGGUGGCGAACAUGGCGUCCAGCGGCAUGUUCCAGAUGGUGGAGGCCGACACUGUCGCCAACCCAGAUGGAUCAAUUAAGCUGGAGGUGAAGGUGCUGGAGGCGCAGUGGCAGGCGGCGAAGACUGUACGGUGUGUGAACAUGGGGCUCGUGCAGCCGGACGCGGCGGGGCAGGAGGCAUCGGAGGACGCGGCGAAGCAGGAGGCGGCGUACGCGGAGCGACUGAGGCAGGCGCGGCAGUGCCUGCUGCCACGCAAGGUGGAGAACGAGCUGAGCGCCAUGGUGCAGCGCGAGGGCCGCCUCACUGCGCGCAUGCUGCAGAAGAUCCGAGAUCGUAUCCUCAAGUGGUAUCAUGACAAGGGCUAUGCUUGUGCCAAUGUGAUCAACUUUGGCAACCUGAACACGCCCGAUAUCGUGUGCGAGGUGGUGGAGGGCGACGUGACGGGUGUGGAGGUGCAGUUUCUGGACAAGAUGGGGCAGCGCUGCGAAGGGAUUACCGACGAGCGUGUUGUGAUGCGAGAGCUGCCUAUCGAGAUCAAGCCGGGCAACGUGUUCAACAUCGAGGCGGGGCGCAAGGCGCUGCAGAGCAUCUCAUCGCUGCAGCUGUUCGCCAACAUGGAGGUCAACCCUCGCCCCGACGACCAGCUCGAGGGCGGCAUUGUGAUGGAGGUGAAGGUCCGCGAGCAGGAGCCCACGUCCGCUGAGGUGCAGACCGAGUGGAGCAUCCAGCCUGGGGACACCGGCAAGCCCACGGUGUCCAUCCUGCCAGGUGGCAGCGUGUCAUUCGAGCACCGCAACAUCAACGGCCUCAAUCGCUCUGUCACCGGCUCCGUCAGCGCCGGCAACCUGCUCUCGCCGCAGGACGAUCUGGUGUUCAAGCUCGAGUAUGUGCAUCCGUACAUUGAUGGCGUGGACGACACGGGUCGCAACCGCGUGGGGCGGGUGACGUGCUUCAACCACCGCAAGGUGUCGGCUGUCUUCACAGGCGGGCCGUCGCUGGAUGAGGUGCCGGCCAUCUGGGUGGACCGUGCCGGCAUCAAGGCCACCGUCAGCGAGAACUUCACCCGUCAGAGCCGCAUUACCUAUGGCGCGGUGAUAGAGGAGGUGACGACCCGCGAUGAGAACACGAGCAUCUGCACACACGGGUUCAAGAUGCUGCCCUCGGGCCUGCCCACGCCCGACGGCCCGCCCACCACGCUCAGCGGCACGGGUGUCGACCGCGUGGCGUUCCUUCAAGCGAACGUCACACGCGACAACACCAACUUUGUCAAUGGCACGCCUGUUGGCGACCGUACCAUCUUCCAGGUGGACCAAGGCCUGGGCAUCGGGUCGGCCUUCCCAUUCUUCAACCGCCAUCAGCUGACGCACACGCGGUUCAUGCAGCUCAGUGAGGAGGACGUGGACCGAGUGGACCGCCCGCCCAUGGUGGGGGUGCUGCACGCGCGCUACGGAGGGUGCCUGGGCGACCUGCCGUCAUAUGAAGCGUAUGCGCUGGGCGGGCCUUAUUCGGUCCGCGGGUACAACAUGGGCGAGAUUGGUGCUGCCAGGCGCUUCCUUGAGCUUGCGGGUGAGAUCAGGGUCCCAGUCAAGACCACCCAUGCCUACGCCUUUGCUGAGAUGGCCUCCGACCUGGGCAGCUCCGGUAUGGUUUCUGGUAACCCUACCGAGUUCUUCCGCCGAGCCGGCUUCGGAGCCUCGGUGGGUGCCGGUGUCAGGCUCGGCACCGUGCGUGCGGAGUACGCUCGGGAUUGCAACAUGGGUACUGGCUCCUGGUUUGUCCGGUUUGGCGAGAGGUUCUAA